AUGCUCCCCAGCCUCCAGGCCUUCUCCCGUGUGGCGCCGCUCCUGCCCGGGGCCUCCGCGGCCCUGGCCCCCCCUCGCGGCCUGCCCGCCCUUUGCCAUCGCCCCCGACCGCGCACGACGUCAUCCUCGGGCAUCCCCUCGGCCCGAUCUCCCCCUCCGGACCCUUCGGCCGCAAGGAUCGGCGCCGGGUGGCGGACCUGGGGGCUGCUGGCCACGGGGCUGGGACUGUCGUCCGUGGCGGCCGCGGCGGCUUACGGUGAUGCGCGGGCGGCGGAAUCGGAGGGGGGGGGAGUGGAGAGGUGGGUGGCCAGCCUGGCGGGCCGGCCGGGGGUAAGGGAGGCCGUGGCGCCCAGCCAGAUCCUGACGAGGCACCCCAUCGGGCAGCUGCUGCGCGGAGACGGGCACAUGUUCGAUGCGAUGGCACGUGUGGACAUGGUGAAAGAGCUGCGCUGCUUCUAUGACGGCAAAGAGAAGCAGUUUCACGCUGUUGUGCAGCUUGGCAAGGAUGUGUGCGGGUACCCCAGUGCAGUGCAUGGUGGCCUGACAGCUGCCAUCGUCGAUGAGACACUGGGCGGCCUGAUGGUGGCAUUGUGGAGGGAGGGUGCCCUGGGCAUCUCACCACCAGCAGUCACUGCCCGACUGGAAGUGGACUAUUGCAAGAUAGUGCCACAGAACGCGCUGAUACUGUGCACGGCCGAAUUUGAGAAGAUUGAGGGCAGGAAGAUGUGGCUGACGGCGACAGUGUCCGAUGGUCGUGACAACGGCACUACAUACGCCACUGCAAGAGCUCUGUUCGUGGCGCCUGGCAUUCUGAAAGUUGUUGCAGGAUGGGCAUCAAAGCUUGCAGGGAGAUAG